GCCUGGGGAGGGUGACCUGUUUCAGCUGUCAUGCGGUUGUUCCCGGGACUCCUGGUGGCCCAUGGCCGAGUGGCCCGGCGGAUGGGCUUGGGGCCCCGCUCCCGGCUAGAUAUGCUGCGUAACCUCCUCACCGCUUUGGUCAGACAUGAGAGAAUAGAGACCACGUGGGCCCGUGCGGAUGAGCUGAACUUCUAUGCCAACAAGAUGAUUGAUUAUGGAAAGUGCGGCGAUACCAACGAGAAGGCGAUGAAGAUGGCCGACUUCUGGCUGACGGAAAAGGACCUCAUUCAUAAACUGUUCAAGGUUCUGGUUCCUCGAUUCACCUCGCACAGCGGCAACUACACGUCUAUGUACCAGAUCCCAAACCGAGAGAACCUGGACCGCGCCAAAAUGGCCGUCAUAGAGUACAAAGGAAACCCAUUCCCACCUUUACCUGCUCAUAAGAGGAACAAUGAGAAAACCCUAAUAAACCAGCUUCUGGUGGGCUACCGGCUAGAGGACAGCCUGGGGGGGUCACCCCCCUAA